AUGAAGUACGAUGGGACCAAAGAUUCCCGGGAACACCUAACGACCUUUGAGGCCGGGAUGAACCUGAAGGAUGUCGGUGACGCAGUAAGGUGCCAAGCCUUUCCAGUAAUGCUAACGGGUCCCGCGAUACGGUGGUUCAACGCACUCCCGCAGGGGUCCAUUACGACUUUCUUGGAUAGAACUCAUGGGUUCCUAGCGCAGUUCACCACGCGCAUUGCCAAGGCCAAACACCCGAUCAACCUUCUGGCAUCACCCAGAGAAAUGGAGAACCAACCUAAAAAUUUCUGGACAGGCUUCAAUGACGAAUGCAUGGAAAUUGACGGCCUGACCAACUCGGUAGCCAGCCUGUGCCUGAUGAAUGGUUUGUUGAACGAAGACUUCAGAAAACACCUUACUACUAUGCCCGUCUGGACCGUGCAGGAGAUCUAA